AUGGUAAAAACAGCUGUGAAGGUGUUCUUGCGGACGCGUCCCACAGCAACAAGCGGCUCUGGCAUAAAGAUUGGUCAAGAUGGGCAGUCCGUCUCCGUCAACGUGCCAAAGGACCAAUCAGCGGGUCUCAUCAAUAACCAACAGGAGAUGUUCUCGUUCAAGUUCGACGGUGUGCUUGAGAAUGUGAGCCAGGAGGAGGCGUACACCACGGUGGCGCAUGAGGUGGUGGACAGCCUGAUGUCCGGAUACAACGGAACCAUUUUCUGCUACGGCCAGACCGGCGCCGGUAAGACGUUCACCAUGUCGGGCGGCAAUGCGGGGUACGCCCACCGCGGCAUCAUUCCACGCGCCCUGCACCACAUAUUCAGGGAGAUCGACCUGAGAGUGGACAAAAUGUUCCGCGUGCACGUAUCGUACCUAGAAAUCUACAAUGAGCAGCUGUACGACUUGCUGAGCGAAUCACCUGGGACGAGCGACUCGAUGGCGGUGCUGGAGGACUCGAACAAUAACGCCUACGUGAGUGCACAGCUGCGGUUUGCAGUUGCAGUUGCAGUUACGGUUGCGGGUUCGUUAAUCCUAGUUUAUGGGUUUCUCACGGAUGCCGGUCUAGUGGAGCCAUGCCGGUCUCACACCGUAUUCACGGUGCACGUGGAGAUGCGCACCAGCGAGGCGGCCAGUGAAAGGGCCAUUCUGUCAAAGCUCAAUUUGGUGGAUCUGGCGGGAAGUGAGCGGACCAAGAAGACCGGAGUCACAGGCCAAACCCUGAAGGAGGCGCAGUUCAUCAACCGUUCGCUGUCCUUCCUGGAGCAAACCGUCAACGCCCUUUCCCGCAAAGACACCUACGUGCCCUUCCGCCAAACCAAACUAACUGCCGUACUGAGGGACGCACUGGGCGGCAACUGCAAGACGGUCAUGGUGGCAAAUGUGUGGGGUGAGCCCAGUCACACGGAGGAGACUCUAAGUACCCUCCGUUUCGCCUCUCGUGUACGAACACUCACAACUGAUUUGGCGGUUAACGAGAGUAACGACCCGGGGUUGUUGCUGCGGCGGUACGAGCGACAAAUACGGGAGCUGAAGCAGGAGCUGGCCAUGAGGGAUACACUCAGCGGCCGCGCCCGCGUCUCGUACGACGACCUAACCGACGACGAGCUCCGAGACCUCCACGCCACGGCGCGGCGGUUCUUGGCGGGUGAGGCGGAUGCUGAGGAGCUGCCGGCAGACAGUAUAAAGCGGGUGCGGGAGGCGUACAAGGCGCUGCGGGCGGCUCAUGCAGCCAUGAAGUCGGAGAUGGCGACGCAGCUGGCGAACUUGCAGAGAGCCACGGAGGAUGGGGCGGCGGUGGUGAGAGACGGCGCGGCGCGCUCGCGUGUUGCACCCGGAGUGGGGGAUCUAGAUCUCCGUACAACGGGCGGUUUUACCGUUGGUCAAGCCCCCCUGGACUCCCGGCCCCCUCCGCCUCGUUCCGAGCUCGGCGACCACUCCCACGCACACUCCCACGCACCCCUCCCGUCCGGCGCUCCGUCCCCGUCCGGCCCCGGUCCCGCGCUCAAGGCCCAAAGCAGCCACCACUUCCCGGCGGACGGCGCCAGCGCGUACGGCGAUGUGCCGACACUCGAUAGUCCUUCGAUCGCGCGCGGAUCCGGCGCUGCCGCUGCGACACGCCUGGCGGGGAUUUUUACCGUACCAGGCGACCGUAAUGCCGUAUUCCGGCGGUACAAGUCGGAUUUCCCGGAGGGUCGGGAGCUGACGGCGGCUUUGAAGGCGGCGUCUGCCGCGUUGCGAGAGACCCGUGGGUCCAUUAAGAGUUUGGGGGAUGCGGUCAACGGCGCGAAGCGGCGGAUUGACGAGCUGACCGCGGCGGUGGCGCAGCGGCGCAGCGGCGGGGUGUCGGCGCCUCCGCCGGGGGGUGACGCGGAGGUUCUGGACGGCGAGACGUACGCCUUGGUGCAGGAGCUCAAGGCCCUCAAGGCUCAGUACCGCGCCGACUUCGACGCCCUGAAGGCGGCUCGUGAGCAGCUGGAGCCGUACAUCCAGGCGGUGGCGGUGGCCAGGGCGGCACUGCUGGAGGCGUUUGACCGCUGGGCAGCGACGCAGAGCGACGCGACGCUGCGGCGGCUGGCGGCGGCCGGUCGCAACGGCAGCGGUGGGGGAGCCCCUGGGGAGGAGGAGGACGAGCUGGACGCGGGGGAGGCCUUUGAACGGAUGCAGCUGGCGCGCAUUACCGAACGAGACCCUGACUCGCUCGCAUACCACUCCGCGCUGCGGCGGACAGCGGCGGGGCCCCCGGGCAGUCACGGCAUGGGACGGCCGCCGCCGGCGGGCGCCUCUGGCGGCAACGCCAAAGCUGCGGCUGCCGCCACACGGCGAAUGGAGGCCACGCAGGCUGUGAACCGGGGCCUGGCGCGGUGA